AUGAGCAAUUCUUCUAAAUUUCCCGAGCGCGACAGCAAAGGUGCUCCUGUUGAUGCCGAUGAUAGUGGCGACGAAGAUGUGUUCCACGAUGCACACUUUCCACCGGAGGAGGAAGCCCAAUUCCUGAAGGAAGCCCACGAAAUCAAGUCUGAGGCAAACCAGCUAUUUCUCGCCAAAAGCUAUGAUCAAGCCAUCUCCUGUUACGAUCGAGCCCUCGCCUCCUGCCCGAGCUACCUUGACUUCGAUGUCGCCAUAAUUCACAGCAAUAUCGCUGCUUGCCAUUUGAAAUUACAGGAUUGGAAGGCGGCUGUAGACUCCGCAACUGUCUCUGUCGAUCGGCUGGAUAAGAUCAUCCCUCCAAUCCCCCAGGACAAAGGGGCCGAGUCAAAAGGCAAGGAAAUAUCUGGAUCAGAGAGUAAAGGCACAGAGGCGGUUGUUGAAAUAUCUGGAGAUGAUGAAGAUGCUGAAUUGGAGGAAUUGGAACGAUUGAAGGAACAGGAUGAGCAGAGAAACAAGGUGAUGCGACUUCGGGCCAAAGUCCUCAUGAGACGGGCCAAGGCAAAGACCGAAAUUGGUGGCUGGGGUAGCUUGCAAGGCGCCUCAGAAGACUAUCAAGCACUUUCUGCGAUCGAGAAUCUCCCGGCCGACGAUAAAAGAGUUGUACAGCGGGCAUUGCGUGAACUACCCGAGCGCAUCAACAAGGCACGGGAGAAGGAGAUGGGUGAUAUGAUGGGCAAGCUAAAGGAACUCGGAAACGGUAUCCUAAGCCCAUUCGGUCUAUCGACAGACAACUUCAAGUUCGUCCAGGACCCAAAGACGGGAGGCUACAACAUGAAUUUCCAGUCCUGA